UUGAACAGGUAGACACAGUCUGAACUCGCACCCGAUCAAGGAAAGACCAAUAUAAAUUUUCCGUCGAAGGAAUUUUUUCUCAAUCGGGUGCAUUUUUUUUUCUAAAUUUGAAUAAUUUACAAUACAAUAAUUUUCAUUGUAUAAAAAUCAUCAUGGAAUAUAUCGUGUUUCUAGUUUUAGGAUUUAUUGCAAUAAACCAGGGUGCUGAAUUACCUUCUAGCUUCAAGAUCUGUAAGCAAAGUGACCCGAAUCUAUCAGCAUGCGUUGAUGAAGCGGCAGUGCAGGCCAUUGAAUCUAUGGCUAAUGGCAUUCCUGGUCUAAAUGUGGCUCCUGUGGAGCCUCUGUUGAUUGAGCACAUGUCUAUUGGUCAGUCUGGUAAUGUGGUUUCUCUGGAACAGAAUUAUCAGAAUAUUAAGGUCUAUGGAUUGUCUAAAGGAAUCAAAGUUUCCAAUUAUGAAAUCGACUUUGAUAAACUAAUCUUCAAAUCGGAUUCAAUCAAUCCUCAAAUAGAUUUCGUGGCUGAUUGUAAAAUUGAUGGAAAAUUAUUGGUAUUACAUCUUCAUGGAAGUGGUCCCUGUAAUAUAACAAUGAAAAAUUUACAAUCUAAAAAUGUUUAUUAUGGCGAAAAGUAUGAAAAAGAUGGAGAAACUUACAUGAAAAUCAAGAAGUUUGUUGUCAAAUUUAUCCCAGAGAAAGUCAUACUUGACUUUGAAAGACUAUUCGAGCAGAAUAGCUUCUUUAGUACUCAAAUUAAUUCAAUUUUAAAUACUAAUUCUGAUCUGUUAUUCAAAGAACUUAAAGGCUCUUAUGAAGACACAUUUUCCAAAGUAUUUGCAAAAAUAGCCAAUGACGUAUUUUCUCAAGUACCAUUCCGUAAAAUAUUUCCAGACUAGAUCUCAUCCAUUUAUUAGUUAACUUUUUACAUGUAAAUAAACUCAUCACCAUAAUUAUAAUGAUACUGAUAAUAAUUAAUGAUAUUGUAUAA